AUACGCUCGGCAGCUUAAUUACGAGUCUUCUCAUAUAAAUAUGGGAGACCAUGCGGAACCCGUCUCCUACCGCCGAUUCCUUUCCUCCUUCGGUUCUUGCUCGAUGAUCAGAAUCUAGGGAACGGAAGCUCGGGCUAAUGCCGUCGGCGGUGCAGAGGCUGUUGGAUACGUGCAGAGAGGUGUUUGCCGACGGAGGUGCCGGGAUCGUGCCCUCGCCGGAGGAUGUUGAUCGUAUUAUGUCCAUUUUGGAUGGUAUAGAUGCCUCGGAUGUUGGUCUUACUCCGGAUAUGUCGUACUUCCGACGUGGUGCAUCCAGAGGAACGCCGGUGAUUACGUACCUGCCCAUCCGCGAGCUCGAGGAGUUCUCGAUGGUCAUCUUCUGUUUGCCUCCGUCGGGUGUGAUCCCACUCCACGACCAUCCAGGCAUGACGGUAUUCACCAAGCUUCUCUUCGGCUCCAUGCACAUAAAAUCCUAUGACUGGGUCAAUGUGCCUCAGAACUUGGCCGAGCUGGUCAACCCUUUACAACCAACCUCGUUACCCCCUGGAUUGCGCUUGGCGAAAGUGAAGACGGAUGCCAUCUUUACUGCGCCUUGUAGGACCUCCGUGCUUUAUCCGGAAGACGGAGGCAACCUGCACUGUUUCAGAGCAAGAACAUGUUGUGCAGUGCUGGACGUGCUGGGACCGCCUUAUUCCGGCGCUCGAUGAAGGGAUUGCACCUACUACCACGAUCGUCCAUACGCUUGGUUUCCUGGAGAGGCGAACCCGGUAGCCGAUGAGGACGUCGGGACGUACGCUUGGCUUGAAGAGAGGAACCAGCCUGACGACUUCUUUGUGGUUAGGGCCAAAUACAAUGGUGUAAGGAUUUAGAUGUGUACGCAGUGUGUAGUGUAGUGUGUAGCUACAGAAUCCUAACACUAUGCUUGUCGACCAAAUAUGUACACAAAAUUUUAGUUUCCGUCCGUGUGUUUGUUCGGAAACUGCAGUGGAAUUUGUUUUUCCUGAUGAUAUGAAGAGAUGAAGAAAUUAAUGUUUGA